AUGAAUGGUGGAGUUUUAAGGGUUAAACAUCAUCUGGUUGGAGGCUUCUCUACUGUAACUCUCUGUCCUAAAGUCACUGAUCAUGUGAGGGAAGAAAUCAAAGCCUUCCUCUUAAACAAGGCUAAUGCUAAAGCUGCUCUCCAAAUGCAACAACCAGCCUUUGAUUAUGAUGAAGAAGUAGAAGAACCACGCCCAUCUCAGCCUAAUCUGAAGAAACGUAAGGGUCCUAUGGACAAGUUUGUUGCUCCUACUCCUCCUGAUGUCUUGAAAGGAAGAAAAGACAGAAAAGAUAUUUUUGGAGUAUGUGAUAAAGAAGAAAGGGACAAUGCUUGUAGAGCUAUUGCAAAGUGGUUCUAUGAUGCAGCGAUUCCUUUCAAUGCCGCCAACUAUGACAGUUUCAAGGAGGCACUUGAAUUAGUAGGUCGAUAUGGUUCUGGUUUUAAGCCACCAAGUAUGUAUGAGCUGCGAGUUCCUUUCUUGAUUAAAGAAGUUGAGGAAGUUGAGAAUCAGCUGGUGGAACACAAAACAGAAUGGGCAGCAAAAGGUUGUUCAAUCAUGUCUGAUGGAUGGCGUGAUUCAGUUGUUCAAAAGGACAUCAUCAACUUCCUUGUUAACUCUCCAAAGGGAUCAGUUUUCAUCAAAUCAGUUGAUGUUUCAGAGGCUGUGAAAGACGCUAACUUGCUGUUUAGCAUGCUUGAUCGUAUGGUUGAUGAAGUUGGAGAGGCUAAUGUUGUCCAAGUGGUAACUGACAAUGCAUCAAACUAUGUUAAAGCUGGUAAGUUUAUUUCUGUCUAA